AUGCUUGAGGAGCAUCCCCAUGUGGAACAGGAAGAAAAUGUGGUAACUGAUUACGAAUAUGACGAAUCUGAACAGGAGUUAGAUGAAGAGAAGGACGUAGAGGAGGCACGUAGUGAACCCCACCUAUCGAAAGUCCCAUCAGAUCCCCGCCCGGUUCAGAAGGGUGAUACAGACUAUCUACGCUCUCUCGGGAAAGCAAUUAUCAGCCUCAAGCUUCAACUUUUUACGGCCGAAGCAAGGGUUGUACGAGCCGAGCAAAGGGUAGAGGUAAUCACCUAA